AUGGCUUUUUCUUCUUCUUCUUGGAUUGUUGGACUUGUAGUGUUUCUCGUCUUCUUCCCUUCUGCUGAUCAUGCUGCAGUUGUGAACUCCAUCUUCCAAUUUGGAGAUUCUCUCUCCGACACCGGAAACCUAAUUGCUUCCGGUCUCGGAAUGCAGUUCGACGCCGGCAGCCUUCCGUACGGCGAAACCUUCUUCCAUGAAGCCACCGGCCGAUUCUCCGACGGGCGUCUGGUUAUUGACUUCCUCGCCAAGAAUUACGGGCUUCCUUUUCUGGAGGCGUACCUCAACACCGGCGCAAAUUUCACUCAGGGCGUAAAUUUCGCCGUCGCCGGAGCGACGGCGCUGGACGAGGAUUUCUUCACCGGAAAAGGCAUCAGCUUCAAGACGUUCAAGCCGCCGAUAAGCACCCAACUCGAAUGGUUCAAUAAGUACCUAGACUCCACUAUCCGGAAAACAACCGACGGGUGCAAGAAACGGAUCGAGGAAUCUCUGUUCGUCUUCGGCGAGUACGGCGGCAACGACUAUUUCACCUCAAUCGACAACGGCAAAUCCCUAGAUGAAGUCUACACUUACGUCCCGUCCGUGGUGGGGGCCAUCACGGACGGCGUGAGGGAAAUUAUCAAAAUGGGCGCGAAACAAAUCCUAGUCCCUGGGCCCUACCCCUUCGGCUGCCUCCCGGCUCAGCUCACAGCCGGCGCCGGCUCAGCCGCCGAAGCAUACGAUUUCUGGGGAUGUCUCGUAGAUUACAACAACCUCGCUAACUCCCACUACAACCUCUUGAACGACGGCGUUUCUUCCCUCAACACCGAGUUCUCAGGGGACGGUGUUAAGGUUGUUUUAGCGGAUCAGCGUACUGCUUUUCUCAAUAUUCUCCAUGACCCACAAAAAUAUGACGUGGAACCCACAACUGUGCUCAGAGCUUGUUGUGGAUAUGGCGGGAACUAUAACUACGACAACAACAAAUUGUGUGGAUCCGACGGCGUUAAGGUUUGCCCCAAUCCCGAACGGGCUCUGCAUUGGGACGGCGUACAUCUCACCGAUAAAACAUAUGGUCUCGUUGCUUCAUAUCUCGUCCAGAAUGCCCUAAAUAAGCUUGGUUAA